AUGUCGAAAGCCAACAAUUCUCAGAGGACACCACCACAUGUAGCUCUCUUCCCAAGCGCCGGCAUGGAUCAUUUGACUCCAUUCCUUAGGCUUGCCACCAUGCUAGCUUCACAAAACUGCGUGGUCACCCUUGUCACUGCUCAACCUCCAGUCUCAGCUGCAGAGUCCACCUACUUGUCUAGCUUCCUUGCCUCACACGCACAAAUCAAGGGUCUCGAGUUUCAAGUCCUUCCCUUCGAGCCAACCAAUCUUACUACCGAUGAUCCUUUCUUUCUUCAGUUUGAAGCAACUCGUCGCUCUAUUGCUGAUGAUCUCUGCAUACCCAACUACAUUGUGUUAACCACAUCUGCUAGAUUUUUCUCUCUAAUGGCCAACCGUCCUCACCUAACACUGGAAAAAUAUGCCAAAUUUAGUGGUAGUGACAAGAGUCUUGAGAUACCUGGUUUAGCCCCGCUUCCAUUAUCAAGUAUUCCCCCACCAUUGUUCAAUUCUGACCAUCUCUUCACUACCCUGAUAACUUCAAAUGCCACAUCUCUCUCAAAAGCAAAAGGAAUCUUAAUGAACACCUUUGAUGGGUUCGACCCAGAAACUAUUGCAGCACUCAACAAUGGCAGAGUUAUAAGUAAUCUCCCACCUGUUCUUCCAGUAGGCCCUUUCGAAACUUAUGAGCUCAAACAAGGCCAUCAUCUUCCAUGGCUUGAUGACCAACCCGCUGAAUCUGUACUGUAUGUUAGCUUUGGUAGCAGAACCACCAUGUCAAAGGAUCAGAUAAGAGAGCUAGGACAUGGAGUGGAGAGAAGUGGGUGCAGGUUCUUAUGGGUUUUAAAAGCAAAGAAAGUGGACAAAGAAGAGCUAGAAGAAUUAUUGGGUGUGUCUUUCCUGGAAAGAACAAAGAACAAAGGGAUGGUAGUGAAAGGAUGGGUGAACCAAGAAGCAAUUCUAGAACACCCCGCCAUAGGAGGUUUCCUCAGCCACUGUGGAUGGAAUUCAGUGAUGGAAGUGACUAGGCAAGGGUUACCAAUCUUGGCUUGGCCACAACAUGGAGACCAGAAGAUAAACGCAGAGGUGGCAGAGAAAGCAGGCUUGGGGUUGUGGAUAAGACAAUGGGGUUGGGGGGGGGGGGGGGGGGGGGGGGUGAGAUUAGUGAGAGGUGAAGAGAUAGGAGAGAAGGUUAUAGAGCUGAUGGGGGAUGAGAACUUGAGGGCUAAGGCAAGGAAGGUGGGGGAAGAGGCUAGGAAGGCUGGUGACGAGGGUGGGAGCUCUAAAAAGGUAUUGCAGGGAGUCAUUGAAAUGCUGAAGCCCAUAUAA